AUGAACGACAUCGAUUAUUCACUCUACCUUGUGACAGGAAGAGAACUGCUACCUCCAGGCAAGGACUAUUUUGAAUCACUAGAAGAAUCCCUUCAAGGAGGUGUUACUGUUGUGCAGAUCCGUGAGAAGAACACAGAUACUGGCGAGUUCAUCAAAAUCGCAAGAGCUUCAAAGGUCAUAUGCGACAUUUACAACGUUCCUCUGCUCAUCAACGAUCGCGUUGACGUAGCGCUUGCGAUAAAUGCCCAUGGUGUUCACCUUGGUCAAGAUGACAUGCCCAUAGCUCUGGCGCGUAAGAUGCUCCCGAAGGAUGCCGUCAUUGGGGUCAGCUGUAAUAAUGUCGAUCAUGUCAAGGCGGCCGUGAAGGACGGGGCGGACUACGUGGGGAUUGGUGCUGUGUGGGGGACGAAGAGCAAGUCGCUGACAAGCCCUAUUAUAGGUGUUCGUGGGGUUGGGGUCAUGUUAGAGGUCUUGGAUGGGACCAACGUAAAAGCUUUGGCAAUCGGCGGUAUCAAGUCAACAAAUCUUCUACGCACCUUACACGGGACCGUGUCAUCGACAGGUCAUGCUCUAGAUGGCAUUGCUGUCAUCUCGGAAAUCGUUUCCUCCACUGAACCGCGUCGAGCGACGGAAACGCUCGCUAACAUCCUGAGCGCUUUUCGAGCAGACUUUCCGCACCCCCCUGGUUUGGACACGCGUUUGACAUCCGAUCUGUAUGUGACUGGAGAUCUGUCGCCUGAGGCGGUGCUUGAAGGCGUCGUACAACUUUUGGAGACAAUCCGGGGUCUGAAUCCUCUUGUUCACCAGAUUACCAACACGGUCGUCGCUACACAAUCCGCAAAUAUUACGUUGGCAUUGGGUGCGAGCCCGAUUAUGGCCACUGAGCCCCGUGAAAUGGAAGACUUGGCCAAGAUUAGCGGAGCCCUUCUAGUGAAUAUCGGGACUCUAAGGGGAGAGAGUUUCGACGGGAUGAAGAAAGGAGGGUUCUUUGCCAACCAGUCCAGGAAGCCCAUUGUCUUUGAUCCAGUUGGAGUGGGUGCCAGUGCUUUCAGGCAAGAGACUGUCAAUGAACUCUUGAAUACAUGGCAGGCAAGCGUCAUCAAGGGUAACGCUGGUGAACUGGCCGCUCUGGCCGGAACGAAAGAGGUCGAUUCCAAAGGAGUAGACAGUGUGGGUUCAGGCUUCAAAGACCCGGUUUCGUUUGUGAAAGCACUUGCAAAACGGGAACGAUGUGUUGUGGUUUUAACGGGAGCGACAGACUAUAUCUCUGAUGGCCUGUCAGUCGUGUCACUGAAAAAUGGGGAUGCGAUGCUUGGGAAGAUCACAGGCUCCGGGUGUGUUUUAGGCAGUUGCAUCGCAGCAUUUUGUGCCACAGCGGCACAUUUGGCUUCGGAUGAGGAGAAGAAGGGCGAUGGGAAGCUGGCAAAAGGGGAUAUGUUCCUUGGAGCCAUCGCGGGCGUGCUUGUCCUCACUGUCGCUGCAGAGUUGGCAGUUCAAAGAGAGGACGUGAAAGGGCCUGGAAGCUUUUUGUCUGGCCUCAUUGAUACGCUGUGGGCACUUCACUCCGACGACGUGCAGAACUUGGCCAAGGUCUCGAUAGAGUGA